AUGGGAAACAAUUGCGAAAAAGUCAAGGAAGACAAGUUGAUAAGCCAAGCUCGGAAAGACUUUGAGAAAACCAUCAAGGUCUUGGAGCAGAAGAAAACAACUUUGGAAGAAUAUCUAAUGCAGCUUGAUGAUUCUAGAAAAGUUGUUUGCGACGAAUCUCGAAAUCGAGCUCUGGCAGAACAAGCCGAAUUAUACACAAGAGAAAUUUUGCGUGAGGUUGAACAAUUAGACCCAAGAUUCAAGAGCACUUUUAUGCAAUCAGGUAGCUUUUACGACGAAGUAAAAGUGGGGUUACCAGAUGAAUACGAUUACAUGGCCAAACUAGAACUACUGUCCAAGCCAGGAACUGCAAAGGCAGUGCCAACAAAAUUGGGGUUUGCAAGAGUAAUAUUGGAAGACGAAGAAGCGAUAGACUUCUGGGAGGAAUUUCUGUGUGAAGACGUUGAUGAAGACAAUGAGGAAGUAUUCGAGAAUGUUCUAACAAUCAGCAAGCUUCAAGAAGAAUUUCGCAGUCUUGUCAUGAAAGCCAUAAAGUCCGUCAAGAUGCCGAAAAAAUGGCAGCGAGAUCCUUGUCCCGAACAACACGGUCCAUGCGCCAUGCUUGAGUUUUUAGUAGACGAUUUUUUACCAGAAGGUCAGCUGUAUAUCUCGAUAGACUUAGCGCCAUGCAUUACCUAUCCGAACUACAAAUAUGUUAAAUUCCCUUUUCAUAAGAAUCUGAAGGAGGACAGUUCUUUUGCCUUAGUGCUUGCGCAAAUCGUGGCGAACGAACGCGAUGUCCUGCUGGUGCCAUUCGUCAAUGACGGACUUAAGAAGGAGAAAAACCACACCUGUUUGUAUCGACCGUCGUACCGCGAGCAUAUGCGAGUGUCAUUUUCCUUGGUAGAAAAAGAUGUAUUUGGCCACUUCACUUGCAACAGCAUUGAGAAGCGAGUGCUGCGACUUCUGAAGAUUUUAAGAGAUGUUCACUUGAGAGACGAUGGCAAGAGGCAAGAAUGGGAAGAACCAAUGCCGGAUCAUCCACCUUCUACUCAAAUUCAG